AUGCGCGUCGACUUUAUUGAGAUCUACAAUGCCCACGGUACCGGUGGUGUCUACGUCGCUCAGAAAGUGGCAUCGGGUGUUAGCUUCCAGGUGCCAUUCGCGACGGCUGUAAAGAAAGCUGUUGGAGACAAGGUGCUUGUCUCUGCAGUUGGUACAAUCAACAGCGGUGUUCUUGCUGAAAAGGUCCUCAAUGAGGACGACGUCGACGUCAUCUUAGUCGGCCGUGCUUUCCAGCGUGACAGUGGAUUGGCAUGGGCCUUCGCAAAGGACUUAGACACUGAGAUUGCUAUGGCUGCGCAGAUCCGUUGGGGUUUCACUAGCUUCCGCAAUGCGUCAGAGUAUAUCCAGCCGAACUCGAUGAAGGCAUCGAUUUUUGAUUAA